UCCUUCUUACCAGAAAAAUCACUUUUCUUCUCUGGAGGGUGGACAGUUAUAGCAUCGAUUUCACGGAUCUGGUAACAUGGCCAAAGAUGCCGGUCUAAUUGAAGCCAACGGGGAGCUAAAGGUCUUCAUAGACCAGAACCUUAGUCCUGGAAAAGGGGUCGUGUCCUUGGUGGCCGUCCACCCAUCCACGGUGAACACGCUCGGGAAGCAACUCCUGCCGAAGACGUUCGGACAGUCCAGUGUCAACGUCACGCAGCAAGUGGUGAUCGGCACGCCCCAGCGACCUGCAGCGCCUAGCACGAUCGUGGUGGGAAGCCCGCACACCCCUAACACCCACUUUGUCUCCCAGAACCAGCCUUCAGACCCCUCACCUUGGUCUGCCGGGAAGCGGAGCAGGAAAGGCGAGAAGAACGGGAAGGGCCUGCGGCACUUCUCCAUGAAGGUCUGCGAGAAGGUGCAGAGGAAGGGGACCACGUCCUACAACGAGGUGGCCGAUGAGCUGGUCGCGGAGUUCAGCGCCGCCGACAACCACAUCCUGCCCAACGAGUCGGCUUACGACCAGAAGAACAUAAGGCGGCGAGUCUACGAUGCCUUAAAUGUGCUGAUGGCCAUGAACAUCAUCUCCAAGGAGAAGAAGGAGAUCAAGUGGAUCGGUCUGCCCACCAACUCGGCUCAGGAAUGUCAGAAUUUAGAGGUAGAAAGACAGAGAAGACUUGAAAGGAUAAAACAGAAACAGUCUCAGCUUCAAGAACUUAUUCUGCAGCAAAUUGCCUUCAAGAAUCUGGUGCAGAGAAACCGCCAGGCGGAGCAGCAAGCCAGCCGGCCGCCCCCGCCCAACUCCGUCAUCCACCUGCCCUUCAUCCUCGUGAACACCAGCAAGAAGACCGUCAUCGACUGCAGCAUUUCUAAUGACAAAUUCGAGUAUCUGUUUAAUUUUGACAACACGUUUGAGAUCCACGACGACAUCGAGGUGCUGAAGCGCAUGGGGAUGGCCUGUGGGCUGGAGUCGGGCGGCUGCUCUGCCGAAGACCUGAAAGUGGUGAGGAGCUUGGUACCGAAGGCAUUGGAGCCCUACGUGACAGAAAUGGCUCAAGGAUCAAUCAGCGGUGUCUUCGUCACGUCGUCAGUGUCGACUUCCAAUGGCACGAGGCUCUCUGCCAGUGACUUGAGCAACGGUGCGGACGGCAUGCUGGCCACAAGCUCCAGCGGGUCCCAGUACAGCGGGUCCAGGGUGGAGACGCCGGUGUCCUAUGUCGGGGAGGACGAGGAGGACGAGGACGACUUCAAUGAAAACGACGAGGACUGACGCUCUGCCCGCCGGCCCGCCCUCGGACGCAGCUGCAGCAAAACGUGUGGGGAAGAGACGCUUUUGUUAGCGUGGGUUUUCUCUUUACUUUUGGCCUUCUGGGAAGUCGUCGGUAAGCUGUUGAUCCGCCGUGCGCCUCCGGUAAGCAGGCAAGGGCGUUCCCAGGGCCUCGGACGGCCUGAGCUCUGUGUGGAUGCACUGUGCUGGCGCAGAGCCCUGACCCCGUUGAGGAUUUUGUGUUUUCAUUUUCUAUUUUUUUAAGUUCAGAGUUUGUUUUUGCCCCUUAACAAUUCUUGCUGAGUUUGCUGAAGAAGUUGUGCUCCACUCACAUCAACGACAGUCAGACGCAGUUCUGUCACUCGAGGGGGUGCUGCUGAAAGCCGCUAUUU